AUGGUUUAUCCAUCUUCCGUUGACAAAAAUUCUCAGGACCUUACUACCGCUCUACAUGACUGCGUAGAAGAGCUUGAGACGCUGCAAAAAUCCAAUGACCAACUUAAAGCAGAGAUCACACGGCUACAAGCUAUCAUUACGGGGCUAGUAGACCCUCAAGAGCUUGAUGUACUCCUACAAACCAUCGAACAACUGAGAGAGCAGCUUGAGGCGCUCCAAGAAUCCAUCGAUCGACUCCAGGCAGAGCUUGAGGCACUCAAAGAAUCCAACGACCAACACAGGGUAGAACUUGACGUUCUCCGGCAAUCCAACGAUCAACUCAGGGCAGAACUUGAGGCUUUCCGGCGAUCCAACCAUUAUCUCAGAGCAGAGCUUGAGACGCUCCAACAAUCCAACGAUCAACUCAAGAAAGAGAUCGCACAACUGCAAGCUACCAUUGGGAGUCUAUUAGAACCUCAGGAGGUUGACAUACUCCUGCGUUCCAUCCAUCAACUGACGGGGGAGCAUGAGACGCUCCGGAAAUCCAACGAUCAACUUAAAGCACAGCUUGAGCCACUCCAACAAUCUAACGACCAAUACAGGGUAGAGCUUGACACUCUCCGACAAUCCAAUAACCAGCUCAAGACAGAGCUCCAACAGCUGAAAUCUACCACGAGGGAGGUUAAGAAACCAUUAGGUUUCGUUAUUGGAUCUUUCCACACCGACGACAUACGCCCCAGAAACCGUCCAGAGCAAAAGUGCUCAAAGGAAAUUAUCUUCGAAACUCCCUACCCAGAGAAACCCACCAGCGUGCUUCUAGGGCUCACUGAUAUAGAUGUCGCGAAUUGGGAGCAUGUCCGGAUCUAUUCCCACACUAGCAACAUACUGAAUGACCGGUUCACAGUUCACUUGGACACUUGGGAGGUGGCAAACUUACAUGGUUGUGGUUGCGCGUGGUUGGAAAUUGCAGCAGAUCAUGAUCCGGACUUACGAUUUGGAGCCGUGGCAUGGGGCCAGCCCUGGACGACGGUGAUGGAGCGCUUCACACGGAGAGUCUCUUUCGAGCAUGAGUAUCCUUUCCCACCGGUGGUGGUGGUGUGGCUAAGUGCUCUUGCCAUGGACAAGAGGACAGACUGGCGGGUGAAGACCUAUGUUUCUCAAGUCACCACGACUGGCUUCACCCUCCACAUCGACACUUGGGGGGAUUCUAAUUUGUACGGUGCCGAGUCCACAUGGCUUGCCUAUCCAGCAGAUACGCCAAGAAUAUUGAGUGGCAGUUACAAUACACUGCAGGUACGAUUGUCGCACCCAGCACGACAGGUAACUACCGGGACUGUUGACUUUGGUAAUACCUUUCAAACGACGCCCCGCGUUUUUGUGGCCUUGAAUUAUAUCGAUAUGGAUCAUGUUCGUAAUCUGCGGUUCUUCAUGAGACAAGUUGUGGUCGAUCGAUCGAAGAUGGAUUGGAGUCUUAAUACUUGGGAGGAUAGUAUCUUGUAUGCUGCAGGCGCUUCUUACAUUGCUAUGGAGUAG